GUUAUAUUGAAUGUAUUCAUAUCGACAUACUAAUACGAAGUUAUAGAAGCCAAAUUGUGAAACAGAAUAAUGAGUGUUCAAUGUAUCAAAUUCCAAGAACACGUAUCUGUAAUAUCAAAAUCUAGAAGCUAGUAAAAGAAAACUCGAAGAACUCGUAACCGUAACCAAAGAAACGAAGAAAGAAGAAUAAGAAAGAUAUAGAUGUGUUAACGAAGAAACUGCUGGAGCAAGAAGCAAAAUUCAAAAUCAUCGCGUCAGGAUGCAUAUUGAAGUGCAAGUUGCGCUGAAUUUCGUGAUAUCGUACCUGUACAACAAACUGCCCAGACGGAGGGUCAAUAUUUUCGGAGAGGAGCUCGAAAAAGCGUUAAAAGACAAAUUUCAGGGUCAUUGGUACCCGGAAAAGCCGUUCCGCGGGUCCGCGUUCCGUUGUCUAAAGACCGGUUCCCCGGUGGAUCGUGUCCUCGAACGUGCAGCCCGCGAGAGCGGUGUACCCGUCGAGGAUGUCCUUGAAAACCUGCCCAGGGAAUUGGCUGUAUGGGUGGACCCAGGGGAAGUGAGCUAUCGCAUCGGUGAGAAGGGGCUGGUGAAGGUGCUGUACAGCGAAAAGGCAGCAGCGGCGGCGGCUGCGGCGGCAGCUGCUGCGGCAGCUGUAGGAACCGCCCAAGGGCUCGUCUCCGGCGGGAUGGCUCCUCCGCCACCGCAAGACCAAUGCACUCAAAGACACCAGAGGCCGGAUGAUCUUAUGCAAGAGGAUAGGGAGGUGACGAAGACCUUCAAUCCAGAAGCGCAAUGCUUCCGUCCGAUCGACAGUGUGAGCAAUGCCCUAUCCGGCCUGUCGCUUUCCCCUGGGGGCAAACCCAUGGGCGGAGCUAACGGAGGCUUCCCAGCCGCCGCCCAAACCCCUCCUGCUGCGCCCUCGCCGACGCCGUUCAAGGCCGCAUCGCCUGCUCCGCAAGCAGGGGUUGGCGGCCCCCAAGCUCCUGGCGCUCCUACGCAGCCGUUCAUACCCAGGUCCACGCAGCCGCUGACUUUCACUACGGCCACCUUCGCGCAAACCAAGUUUGGCAGCACCAAGCUCAAGACUAGCAGCAAGAGGGCCAAUCGCAUGUCCCCGACGGAGUUCUCGAACUACAUAAAGCAGCGCGCUAUGCAACAGCAGCUCCACCAACAACAACAGCAGCAGCAACAGGUAGCCGCAGCUGCGGCUGCUGCCGCCGCCGCUGCUGCAGCCGCGGCAGCCGCCGCUUCCCAUCAGCAACACUCGCCGGCUGCUGCGGCGGGAAGGGCGUUGUCUCCCGAUCCUACCGCGUAUUUCUUCCCGCCGGCAGCUGCCGCGGCGCUAGGGCAUCACUACCCGCCGCCUCCGCCGCAUUUCCCGGGGCGCGCCGCCAAUGGCUUUGACUCCAAUCCGCCGUUGCAGCUGCAGUUCGAGCCGUCACCGCCGCAGUCGUUCUAUCCUGCAGCUGGAGGUAUGGGUGGGCCGCAACCCACUCCGAACGGUCCCCAAGCAGGAGGUCAAGGAAACGGUUCCGGAGGUCAAGACAAGUUGGACAACAACUGGCCAUACUCCGGGCAGUACCAACAUCUGUUAGUCGCCAACUAAACUGUACGCUUCUGGUACAGUGGUUCUCUUCUGCUAGAGCCGAAGGACAUCAAUAGGGAGGUACACUUUAGUGAGAUGUCGUUACGUGGACAAGCAUAUAUGUAUAGAGGGCGCAAAUGUCUGAUGGUUGACCACAACUGACCAGAAUCACCUUGAAUUUCGUCAACGUUUGAAGAAAGCAGAAAGUAUACUAUGAAAAUGAUAUAAAUCAAAGAAAAUGUACCCAUCUAUCCACUAUAUUUCCAGUUUGCUUAGAGCAAAGUCACUAACUACAACUAUAACCAAAGGAUAACGUCUAAAUAUCUCAACUAGUUGUUCAGUAAGCAAAGAAUAAGUCUAUUCCGAAAAAAAUAUAAAUCUACGAUUCUACUACGGUUAUAAUAUCAGUUUCAAGUUUCAAUAAUUUAAGACGAAAAUUAUAUCUAUCAUUGUGUAUAUCAAGGUGGUUGGCUACUGGAGAAAUAUUUUUUAUUCAAACAUCAGAUUGAGGUGGUUUGAUUAUAUUUUACUUUGAUAUUUUCGCAGUUCCUAUUUCUUCUUUAAUUUUGUACUAAGUGGUUCUUGCUAGUGGGAUACCGUUGGUUCUUUCUUCUAAUGAAUUGUAUAUAAAUAGUGUAAAGUUCUUAAUGGAUAUAUUUAUAAAGAAAAUGAUGAAACUUCCAUUGUCUGGAGUAGUUAGGAUCUCCGUAAUAUUUAAAUUAUUUGUAAAUACGACUUUUUUAUAAUUUUUAUAUUUUUGUAGCGAAAAUCUUAUUUUAAUACUUGAUGAAUACUUAACACGCACUUUUAACACGAUCUUAAAAGUAUAAAAUCACAUGAUGUUAUUGAACAGUUUUUCAAUGCAAAUUUUUAGAUACAUAUUAUCUUUAAAGCUAAAUGUGUAUUAGGACAGAAAAGCAACAUUUUUAUUCUUGUAAUUGCGUAAUUAUUAGGUAAAAAUGUUCGAGAUAUUUUUUUAGACACUCUGUGUAUAUUAGUUGAAAAUCUAUAAAUAUAUAUAUUUUUCCAUGGAAAAAAUGUGUAAAUACUUAUAUUUUGCACUCUACGGGCGGCUAUAACGGUUAAACAAUAUUAAUUAUUUUAGAGUCCACGUAACGACAAAAAUUUAACAUCACACGCCUUUUUUAUACACGUAUUUUCAAAUCCUCCCCGCCUUCAAACAGCACCAAAUAAGCUCAGUUCAUUUCUAUAAAUCUGCAUUAACUUAAAGUGCAGUUGAACCAAAAUGUGAAAGCCAGGUCUCCGGGCUGGUUUGGCAAUUUCAGGAUCCAGAGUAUAACAUUGAUAUCGAGUUGAGUUUUGUUGGUGCUACAGAAGAUCUAGAGAGCCACGUUUCUCGUAGCCGUAACAAAAAAAAAACAUACGUUAUCUUAUAUAUUAUAAGAAAACCCAGCUUGAUACUUUAGAUUUUUAUAAUUCGUAGUUAACUUAGAUAAUAUAGAUGUUUCUUACUUUGUAUAUGGUGUUUACAGUAUUCUUGUAGAGUGUAGAGUGUUUUUCCUAAAUUUUUUAUAUUGUAUGUAUUUUUUUAUUUUUGUAUGUAAAAGCUCAAGAUGUCAUCUAGUCCCAUUUGUAACAAGUACACAUUUUCAAUAAGUGUUGGCAUAUCAUAUCGGGUCCUAACAUAAAAACAAAUGAAUAGUAAGAGAAAAAUAUUAUAGCCUCGUCGACACAAUCUCAGUUUAGCUCUUCGCAAACAUACAAGACUUUCAAAACUUUACGUUAAAAAAGUUUUGUCGAAAUAGAUGCUCCAAUAUCUAUGUUUCUUCUAUAACACAUUAGACAACUGAUAUAUUCACCAAAACUACCCCUAUUUGAACGGUACAAAUCAAAACAAAAUUUCCUAUUUCGGAAAAAGCAAGUAUUUUGUUUAUGAGAAUGCCUUUGAGGUGUAUUGAUUUUGUCUAGUGCUUUCUGUCGUAUAGUUUUGAGAUGCCCUGUUUAUAUUUACGCAAUAAUAUUGAUCUGUUAUAUAGGUACUGAAUUUGUGAUAUUCCGGUUAGUCAUAGCGAACUUUGUAUAAUGUUAAAUAAAUUUUAGUGUUACCUCCGAUCUCUUUAGAAGAUAUAUGUCGUCGAUAAACACUAUUUUUAUUGUGAAUCAAUGGUGGUUCUAAACCCUGGACAUUAUUAUCAUUUUUUUACUUAUGUAUGUAUAUCUCUGUCACGGUUUAAAUAUCAACACAAAUAUUGUUCGGGGUUCGUAUAUAGUGUAGGAGACACUGUUUUUAGUUACCCACCUUUUCUUUUCCAGCAUCUGGUGACCCAAAAUUUACCAUACUGACGUCUACUCAAACCAGAUUCAUUCUAAGAACAUGCGUUGUUCAACAUAACUGGUUAUUUAUCUCGUCAAGAAUUAGUUAUGCUAGAACGCUUCUAGAGAAGUUUUUUUAUAUUAGUACCAAAGAUCGACGUAUUUGUGACGUUAUUACGUAUAACGCAACGUCACUGAAGCUACGUCAUAUUGACGUCAUAUUGUGUCCAAAUGAAAAAUGAACAAUAUUCGACGUUGUAAAUACGUCUUUUUAUGGAUGGACUUUUUGUUCAGUAUUCAUUGGUGAUUUUGGGUUAUCAAGAUGAGUGUUUUCAGUUGCUAAAGUGAUUGGAGUAGGAGCUUGUGUGGACGUGGACACUUUGUACGCUCAGUAUUGCAUGAUGAUGUUAUCGCCGUACCCGAAAUGGGUACUAGAUGCUUCCUUUUUCUCACAUUUUUAAGGUUUAACGUGCUAUUUUUUACUGCUUGAUUUUUGUUACGUUUCUCACUGAUGUUUAUUUUUUAUUUGUAUAGAAUUGUUGACUUUAAUAUAAUAUAUAUUUUGUUAAGAGCCAAUAGUUUGAUUGUCGCAUCACUUUGGUGUGUCUCGUAUGAUUAGUUCCAGCGUACCUGACUUGUUACUAUAUCAUUAUAGGUGGAUUUUUCGUAUUUGCUAGCUAAUUAUUGAUUAUCAUAAACGUUAGUAUGUAAUUCAUUCAACGAAAAAUCAAAAUUCUUCUUGAAAACGCUUACUCAUCCAAACAUUCACAUUUUACAAUUUUCACACAUUCUACAAACCCCCAACUCUCUAAAUAUAAAUCCAAGGCCUUUACCAGACUAUUUGCAAAAUAUAUCAAUACUUAGACAUACCUUAUAUUUUUUGCAAAGUCUUUACAAAAAAAUUACGUACGUACUACCAUUUACUAGGUAUUUGAUAUAUGUGUGUCUUUGAUUCACACUUAAGUGUCACUAAAAACACGCAAAAAAUAUGUUGAAAAUGUUGAUGUUGAUAUAGUUAUGGGAAAUGAAUAAAGUUGAAUCUAGAAGUAAUUGUGGUUCAAUCUAAGGUUUUUGACCAAGAAAACAUCCAACUUUUAUCAAUAGUAAAGUGUUUUAGGAUGUUAAAAAUUGUAAAAGGUAAAUGUCCCUGGCUGUAACAACUUGAAAAUUCACCUGAAAUUUUCAAAAAGGAAUCUUGUGAUCAGUGCUUUAUAAUAUCGCUUCAAGUGAUAAGAAUCUGAUGGUGAUAUGAAUCGAGUGGUUGUCACAUCGGAAUAAUAGGGAAAAUUGAUAGGAUAAGGCUUUUCCAAUGCGGUCUCAUCUCAGUUACAGUAGCGUUACUGAUCCAAAAAAGAGACCAUUUUGGCGAAAGCACCAAUUUGAACAGAAUGAUACUUGCAUGUAGAUAGUGCAUGGGAUAUAUUUUUUUUCUAUUUUGCAUGAUCCAGUCGCGUACAACUAGAAUACAACAACAGCAGCAAAUUCUCCAAAACAACAGAGGUGUAUGUGUGUAUGUGUUCCGAGAUACAGCAUUUUAGUUUCCCAAUAGUCAUAAAAGUUCCCCUUAAUAUGUGUCCUAAAAUGCUUACGAGUAUGUAUGGUACACCAAUACCUUCCUCACAAACUCUCUAUAUUACAAAUUAAAAGUUCUCAUUGAAUUUUUUGCUUCGAUUAUUUCAAACACGUCACUGAAUUUUAGAACACCUUUCUGAUGUUACUCUGUUGUUGAAUAUGGUUAUGUAGUUUGAAAAAUGAGUAAGAAUCAGGUAAGUACUUCAUUUGUUUAUACUUCUAACAAAAUUAUUUUGCAGCUAUGAAUCAACUUAAAUAUUGAGUAGAAAUACUCUCCUUCAUACAUCAAUAACUUUUUUAGCAGAUUCCAAUUGAAGUCACUGCUUUCGAAUUGCCUAGUAAUAUAAUUCAAAAACUAAAAACACAAAGUUUCGCACACACGUCAAUCUUAGUGGAAUGAUGAGUAACUUUAAUUUUCUUAAUUAUUCACACCAAAAUACAUUGGAAGGAUCCUAAAUAGAGCAAAUGAAGAUGAACGUCGUCUUAGUAGUGGUGAUUCAGGAGUAAACCUUUUAUACAUACGAAAGUUACUAGGUAGAUUUUCCCUCCACGUGAUAAAAAGUAUUUUUUUAAGAAUACGGAAAACGUCUGUUUGGACGUUUAUGAUUGGUCGGAGAGUUUGUAGGCAAUGGCAGAGUGGCUUUCAACAUUUCUAGUAUAGGAUGUAAUAUGCAAUAUUAUUAACAACUUCUGUUUCUAACAUCCUCAUCAUGACGAUACAACCGAUUUUCCUUACUCUGUUCCUUUUAGAGUUUUCAUUCGAUACAUUGAACGUGUCAUAUGCACCCUAUAUACAAAAUGGUUGACGCUUAAAGAAAUAUUGAUGCCACUAUAUCGCAAGCAUAUGCUCAUAGACACUGGUGGUAAAAAAUAAAAUAUGGCCAACGGUGUACAAGUUACCUGUAUCUGAAGCUCGACAUUCAAAAAUUGAGUCUUUUCUAGGGCAAGGAAUAUAUCAUUGCAACUUGCGUAAUUCCGCCAGUUUAUCAUGAACAGGAAUUAAUAAGCCACAAAGAUAUCUAAAGGUCUAAAAGAAACUAUUCACGCGUAUUUCCUGAAAUGUUACAUAAAGAUGAAAGAUGCUACCUUUAACUCAUUCACCUGACACAAUCUAAGAAACUUAGGCGCAGGACAUUUUUAAAAUUGAAAAUCAACCUGGACAUGAGAACUCCUUUUAUGUUAAAACUUCCUUUCAUACAAUCGCAGAAUGUAUUGAGUCAUCAACACAAAGAUUCCAGAAUAAAAUUCAUGAGGCAAUUCAGCCCAAUUUUGCGUAAUUUUAUAGAUAUUUAUAUUUUGCAGAUGCUAUAUUUUCAUUCAAUUGAUUAUUACAAACAGAUUCUUACGAUUUGCAUGGUAUUUUUAAAACGUCGCUCUAUGUUUUAAAUUCUCUAGAUUAUUUACUUCACGCUCCCAAGAUUAUUCUGAUUGAGGAUAAAUGUUAAAACUUUUCAAAAACUAUGAGACAAAAGGUGUUUCUUAUCUUUAGGAAAGAAUCAAUUUUCCGAAUAAUAGAGCACCCAGAGCUACAACAAUGUACAUGAUUCGUAUUUAUAUAGAUUCUCAAUUAUUUUAUAUACUUGCUUGUGUACUUAAUCGCAUUUUAAAUCUAAAUAAAGAUGUGUAUAUACUCUCCCAAACUAAUCGUGUUGUUUAUAAUCCAUGUGUAUUCUUGUAACCAUACGUUAUACGAGUAGAACUUUUUUAUACUUAGAUACAAACUUUGGAAAAAUGGAAGAAGAAUGCGUUUGGCAAUGGAAGAAAAGGAUGUGCUUCAGAUGCUUCAUUCACUCAGGUUCAACAAGAUACAAUGCUUAAGAAUUCAAUUUUUUAUAUAUAAUAUCAUAAUUUUAAUUCUUAUAUUAGACUAACGUAUUUUCUAUUAGAUGUAUUUGCGUAUUAGGCGAACAAUAACCUUAAUUAAUGCCUUGCUUGAAUUUUCCAAUACAUAAUGUAUACGUAAAUACGACAAUGCGUCUACCUCUGAAUUUUUAUUUCCUAGAUGCGGUGUAGAUGUAUAGAUUUUUUUGGUUUUCGUGAUUAUUUAUUCCACACGCACUAGUAUUCAGGUAUAAACUCUAUUAUUGAAAGAGUUUUCCCAUAUAGAACAAGAAGUUCAGAACGAAAAAUUAGACAAUCUGUAUCAUAAUAAUAUGAUGAUAUUUAAAAAAAUAGCAUCCUUGCCUACUAUUAACAAACCAUUGUUCCAGAGAAAACGAUACCAAAAAUAUAAAUCUUUCAAGGGACUGAUAUGCCCCAUAAGGAAUGUGAUGGCUCUUUUUUACUAACCCUAAUUGUCGUAGCAGUAGGUAGGCUAGUUGCAAAACAUUAAAUAGUCAAUAAUAGAGUUCACGAGUAUCCAUUACGGUAGAAUGAAAGCUGAAUAUCUAGUAAUAUUUCAAAAUUCAUAUACUGACAAAUGACGUAAUUCUUUUAUUAAUUUGGAAAAGUUCAUUUGAAUAGAGAAAAAAACAGACUAAAACAAAGAUGUCACUUGCUGUUCACGUCAGUAGACGUCAAAACGUGAUGGAUAUUUUUGAAAUAGGGCUUACAGAAAAAUAAAAGAACCUUAUGCGAAAAUAUUAUUGCUAAUCUCCAAUGUAGAAAUCUCACAAAUUCAAACUUGAAGCGUCUUGAACAUAAUUCGUCUAUUUAUUUAAGUGAUUUUCAUUAUCUUUGUUCAGAGCAUUAAAAGGUCAUCAAAAUAAGUAUUUGCACUACUUUUGCUCAUUCUAAACAGGUUUAAAAAAAUCCUACAGUGUUAUGAGAACGACAUGGUGGGUAGUCUUGUUGACUAUAGUGACGUGUUUUUCAACUAACCUACACUUUAUGUACUUUGUAAAUGUCACUACUAUCUGUGUUAGCUACAUCUCUAACUUUAUUACUACUAAAAAAAGAAAUAAUUGUGACUCUAAGGUGUAGUUUGAUGAGAACCAUAUAAUAAUGAAUAUAUUUAAAUAUAGUGAGACACACGGAUUUCCAUCCCGUUAAUCUUAAGUAAUAUGUGUAUGAUAAUAUAGUCUAUAAUUUUUCAUAUUGUUGUA